CUAUGACAGAGCAGCUGACAUUUAACAUUAUUCGAUUAUUUAUCAGCCAACAAAGAGAGAGCUCGAAGAAACAGAAAAAGAUAAAUGCGGAAUAAAAGAGAACCAAAAAUAGUUUCAAACUUAUUUUCUGUUGAGUAUUGUGGAAAAACUAAAGAUGCGCACCAGUUAUAAGAAGAAUCGUCCAUUCGAUUUCAAGCUAAUUGAUCAUGUUGAACCAAAUACUUUGCUAUAUAAACGCCAGACGGGACUUUCCAACUAUGAUGUGAUGAAAGCCAAAACCGAGAUCUGGUCCAAGAUAGCCGAGAUAAUGGAUUGCGAUGUGGAUUUCUGUUUGAUGCGUUGGAACAAUCUACACUACCAGUAUCGAAAAGAGGCACGACGUCCCGAGGGUUCAACAUGGCCAUAUUAUGAAAGACUACGAUUUCUAUCGGAGACACAAGUCGGAUCUAAAGUGAGGUCCAGAACACACUGUCCAGCCCAACAACAGGAUCAAUCUCAGUCUAUCGAGAUGCCAAAGGAGACUUUGUUGGAUCAGGAUAAUGCCUGGCAGUCAUAUAAUGAUUGUGUGGUAAUGCAAGUCAGUGAAAUUGAACAGCAUGCCGAAAGCACAUUUGUAAUUGAGGAAAUCAUUGAAUCUCAUGAUGAAAUUCUGCAAGAGGAAAUCAUUUAUGAAGAAAGCGAACAAUUGGAGCCAGAACAUAUGAAAAUAGAAUCCACAGUUGAAGCAGUUCCACCUUCCACAGUAAAAACACAAAUGUCCGAGUUCCUCGCAUCGCCUGUAAACAAUUAUCUAAAAAUGGACAGAAUCCUUAAGCAACUCCAGGGCAAUCAUAAAAAGCUGGCGGAACGAAGGAUCAUGGCUUUUCUGCUCAAGUGUCAGCUCAGAGCUCUGGUAAAUGAGUCCAUCGACGACCUGGUAGUUUAGAACUGAGUUGACUAACAACUUGUAUAUAAUUUGACUUUAAUAAACAAACUUAAAAGAACA